GUCGGGCGGGCCGGGACGCGCGGAGGCGGCGGCGGAACCUCCACCUUCUGCUGCUGCUGCGCCCCAUCCCCCCGCGGCCGGCCGGUUCCAGCCCGAACCCCGCGUCCGCGUCCGCACCCCCUCCCCCGGGCCGGGCCAUGGGCCUCACCGUGUCCGCGCUCUUUUCGCGGAUCUUCGGGAAGAAGCAGAUGCGGAUUCUCAUGGUUGGUUUAGAUGCGGCUGGCAAGACCACAAUCCUGUACAAACUCAAGUUGGGGGAGAUUGUCACCACCAUCCCAACAAUAGGCUUCAAUGUAGAAACAGUGGAAUAUAAGAACAUCUGUUUCACAGUGUGGGAUGUGGGAGGCCAGGACAAGAUUCGGCCUCUGUGGCGGCACUACUUCCAGAACACUCAGGGCCUCAUCUUUGUGGUGGACAGUAAUGACCGGGAACGGGUCCAAGAAUCUGCCGAUGAACUCCAGAAGAUGUUGCAAGAGGAUGAGCUGCGGGAUGCAGUGCUGCUGGUGUUCGCUAACAAGCAGGACAUGCCUAAUGCCAUGCCCGUGAGUGAGCUGACCGACAAGCUGGGGCUACAGCACUUGCGCAGCCGCACGUGGUAUGUCCAGGCUACCUGUGCCACCCAAGGUACAGGCUUAUAUGAUGGGCUGGACUGGCUGUCCCAUGAGCUGUCAAAGCGCUAACCAGCCAGGGGCAGGCCCCUGCUGCCCAGAAGCUCCCGCGUGCAUCCCCGGGAUGACCAGACUCCCGGACUCCUCAGGCAGUGCCCUUCCCUCCCACUCUUCACUCCCACAGACAGAGGCCUCUGCCCCUGCUCCUGCCUGCAUGUUCUCUCUGUUGGAGCCUGGAGCCUCUUUUCUGGCCACAGAGGGGUCCACUCUCCUGCCUGCUGGGACCUGUGAAAGGGGUUUCCUGGCCAAGGCCCCCUCUUCCAGAGGAGGAGCAGGGAUCUGAGUUUACUUUCAUUUUUUCAGUUUUGGGUGUACCCUUGGGGCCAGGUGAGGGGGGAAGGUGAGGGCUCCAAGUGGUGCUAUGAUGUGGCACUGGAUAUUGAGUAAUAAAUUUGCUGUGGUUUGUA